GUCUAGGGCCGUAAAAGAUGCGAGCUUUGUGACUGAUGUGCAAUUAUUGUCUUUAAAAUUUCUCUCCACCGGAACUUAACAUGAGUGUGUCACAGAACAAGGUCAGGAAAAAAAUGAGUAACAUGAACAGGUACACUGACAAGAGUUUGUACCUAGCGGAUGCAGCAGAAUUUGCUCGAAACCUGGCUUUCAUCAUGAAUGAGCCAGAAGCAGAAAAACUCUUCUGCCCAGCAUUCAAGCACAAAUCCUGUGGUUGCAUUCAGCGUUUCAUCACAGCUGGCAAUGAUGAGGAUGUAUCUAGCGACGGAUCUCGUGAGAGAGCUUUAAGCUUGCUCCAGUUUCACAGGGAGGCCCAGACGCACAAAAACUUCAUAUCUACAGAGAGUAACGAAAAAGGUGAUAAGCGUGUGUUGCGCAUGCUCAGGGCCGAAGGCUUUGAACAGUUCAUAUUGGAGAACAGGGUGCGCGUCCGCACUCAGCUGGGACUGUGCGAGAGGGCCAGCCAGAAAUUGCUCAUGUACUCCAAUAAUUUUCUCCACAAGGAUCUCAAAACGGGCCCAGAAAAGGGACCGCGAAUCAAUCGACUUGGUGGUAAGCGCAUUCCCAAAGCGGCCCUUGUACCAACCCGCAGCCUUGCUGAGGAGACCUGCUGCAAGGAAUCGUGCGUGCGCCUCUCCAUCUCUAACGUCGAAAAAGUUGAGCAGUGGAGGAAGAAUUCCUUGCAAGGCCAGCAGCUGCUCAGAAAGGUUGUGACAGAAAUGCUCACCUUUGAUGGGCGCAAGUGUUUGUGCCACAAGUUCAUUUCAAUGGUCACAGGUUGCAGUGUCUCGCUUGUGUCAAAGAUGAAGGAAGUGCUAAAAAGCAAGGGGCACAUACUGCCCAACUCGAAAAACUCAAAUUCGCCGGGAAAAAGUGCAAACAAAAUGGACGUCCACGAUGCUCUUUCCUGUGAAGAGCGGUCUUUGGAGAGAUCUAACGAUAGCAUGUUCAUUAUGAACGAGCAAAUUGAGGCAACUGAGGACCUCAGCAACUCCGGAAUCCACCACCAAGAAGUGGCAGCUCUCAACGGAUCUCACACUGAUUACAACCAAGAAGAGAUGAAGAAUGAUGUAGCUAACUACCAGCUUGACUCGUCCAGCAUCAGCCAGUACCUGCAUAAUCGCAACGAAAUGUGGAACAAUCCACUAACAGUCGACUGCCCGACUGUGCUCGGCCCUACCAUGGUCAAGGUGUGCGCCAGCGUUGAAUCUCCUCCGCCCCAGACCAAAACCUUCACCGUGCUCGGCCCCGCUUCGACUGCUUUCACCCCAUAUGAAGCUGUCACUCCAUACGAAGCUGUCACUCCAGUUUCUGAACCGUCAGUAAUCUUCCUGCCACAAGCAAUACAAGGCCAGACUUUCUCCUUUUUCAACGCUGACACGAUGGGAGAGUUCGCCAGCGUCGAUCCAUAUCAGAGUUUAGUCAUUCUGCAGCCUGCCGCCGUCAGCGCAGUGCACGAGUAACCGCCGUCACAAUCACUCUUUCGCAAUUUUGGAACCAGAUGCUCAACGCAACUAUUUUUUGAUAUGCCAUUUUAAGAUAGGAUACCUCCGACUUGCAUUUGUAAUUUGUAUGCUGACAAAAGUCGAAUCUCAGGGGAGUAACAAAUAAUAUUUAAUGCAACUACAACUAUCGCUAUGCCAAGCAUUCCACAAGGGUAUUUUGUAUGUUAAGUGUGGUACCGCAAUAACAAUGACAGUUUUUACAAUCUUCAUUAUGUGUCAUAGUAGCUGUAGCUAGAGAUUAAUUUUGAUACCCAGGUAAUGCAUUUACGAAAUAACUGAUAUUGUUAUUUUCCUCGAGUAUUAUGUUCCAUUAUUUUACAUAUUUUAUGCGUGCCAGGAUUGGUUUGGAAACCUAUCUUAAAUAUGUUCAGUUAAUUUUCGGCUCAAGUGCAAAUAAAUAGGUUUUACAAGUAA